GUAAUAGCCGCAGCCAGAAGUUCGCAAUGCGUGUACGUGGUGUCGCUACCGACGUUAACAGAACUCGCGACGCAGUCAUGCCUGCGCUAAAGACGUACAAGGGCCCCACUUUUGCCGAAUUCUGCAAAAUCCUCGUCGCUGCCGAUGACACGGUCUUCCACAGUCUCGAGAAUGUCAUCGAUAUCUUCAAGAAGGUUGACCAGACCUUCUGCGAUGACGACACCUGUCUCACCUAUCCAUGCACUUUCGAGUCGACUUGCUGCUGCUGGGCGGUCAAUCGUCAUCAAGGCUGGAAUCGCCUCUUCAACCCUCGAGGCGCUGAGGUCCUUCAAUCGAAGAAGGGCAUGCUUUGCUUCCGAACGAUGGACGUUGACGUGGAGGACUUGGAUUCUCUCGAUGACGUCAAGUACCUAUGUCUGUACCUCUGGUUUCUGCGACAGCAUAGCUGCAUCUCGGCGGUCUACCUGUCCCUUCCCGUCCUGGCGCCCAGGCACGUCUCCCUGUUCACGUCCCUGCUGAAACUUACUGAUGGCGUGCGAAAGUGUGAGAUCCGUGGUAACGAUCCCUUCAUGGGACCUUCACUUCGCAUGGCUAGAUUAACCGCGCUCAGCUCCCUGUCCAAACUGAGCGAGCUGGGUCUGGCCAGGCUGCACUUGACUGACGAUGACGCCGACAUCCUGGCCCUGUCUUGUGGAAAGAAAUGAGUCGCUCGUCGCCCUCGUGCUGAUCGACGUCGAGAUGAGCGUGGUCGCAUUCGCCGACCUCGUCGCCAAGGUUACCGAACACAAGAAGCUGCAGGACUUUCCGCGUU